AUGGAUCCCAACAACUACUACAAUAACAAAGGUUCGCGACCAGAUCCGUCACAAACACCGUCACCAUACUCAGCCUACGGCGGUGCACCGUCGACCGUGAGCUACCCCGAACCGCCGGCGUACUCGUCACAGCAGUACUUGGGUCCGGGAAAUGGCAGGCCGAACCAACAACAACAACAACAGCCAGUAAACGGAAACUCGCCGUUUGAUAGCGUCUUCGACGACAAUGCCUAUCCAAUGAACGGCCAAAGAACACAGAUGCCCGCGGGCCAGAAUGGCAGGUCACAGCAGCAGCCAGACACGGGAUACUAUGGCGGUGGCACUUUCCAAAGGCAGGAUUCGGAUCCGAUGGCCUCGCGCGACGACAUACCCCUGCAGGAGCGAUUGGAUCGACAUAAACAGCAACAUGGCAGCCAUGUUGACGACCCCGAGGGUGGCAUGCCUGGUGCGGCUGCGGGUGGUCCCGGAGGGGUCGGCCGCGGCAAGUCGAUGAAGCAGAAGAUUAGGUUCGGCGAGCUGGGCAUGUUGACCAGCGGCAAGCAGAAGGUCGCAUGGGUCUGCUGGACAUUUUUCAUAAUACAGAGUGCCGUUUUCGUUGGGGAGAUUGUCAAGAAUGCGCAAUUAACGGGCUCCCCGAUCAUGAUCAGGCCUCAGUUCAACCCAAUGAUUGGCCCGACACCCUACGUUCUCAUCAACAUGGGCGCGCGCUACAUGCCCUGCAUGCACAAUGUCGAUGGCGUCCAAGACUCCCCAAAUGUUAUCUCAUGGCCCUGCCCCAACAUGACCACGCAGGCUCCGGCUUGCACCUUGUCGCAGCUAUGCGGUUUCGAUGGUGUCCCCGAGCCCAAGUACGGUGAGCGUACGGGCAAAAAUGGCCAACCGGGCCCCGACAAAGAUGACCAGCCGAAUCAGUGGUUCCGUUUCAUCACGCCCAUAUUCAUGCACGCAGGCUUGAUUCACAUCGGCUUCAACAUGCUGCUGCAAUUGACCCUGGGUCGCGAGAUGGAGCAGGCCAUCGGCUCCAUCCGCUUCUUCCUCGUCUACAUGAGCGCUGGAAUCUUUGGCUUUGUGUUGGGAGGCAACUAUGCAGGCGCGGGUACGCCCUCGACCGGCGCGUCGGGCUCGCUCUUUGGCGUCAUCGCGCUGACCCUUAUCGAUCUUCUCUACUCGUGGAAAGACCGCAAGAACCCUGUCAAGGAUCUGCUCUUCAUCUUUCUCGACAUUGCCAUCUCGUUCGUCCUGGGCCUGCUCCCGGGCUUGGACAACUUUUCCCACAUUGGCGGCUUCCUCAUGGGCCUCGGACUGGGCGUGUGUCUGCUCCACUCUCCGAACUCGCUGCGCCGCCGCAUCGGCGUCGACUCGCCCCCCUAUGCGAGCGUCACCUCGGGCCAGGACAGCCAGACCGCCCCUCCGUUUUAUAAGAACCCGAUCGGCUUCUUCAAGGGUCGUAAGCCGCUAUGGUGGGCGUGGUGGCUGAUCCGUGCCGGCGCGCUAGUCAUCGUCACCAUUGGUUUCAUCCUGCUCCUCAACAACUUUUAUGUCGUGCACCAAAAGUGCAGCUGGUGCAAGUAUUUGAGUUGCAUCAACAUCAACAACUGGUGCGAAAUGGAAGAUUUGAAGUUUGAGACCACUUCAACAAGCGGUGCAACAUCAACGGCUGCAACUAGUGCAUAG